GCAGCUCAGAAGACGUCUGCACGCCAUGCGCCAAGCCUUUGAUCCCAAAUCACAGUUGUUCGGGCGCAACAUUAGUGAAGCCCACUCGAGGCAGAAUGGUAGCCAUGGGCCCAGGGCACCAGGAGAUAUACGCCAGGGACAGCAGCAGCAGCAGCGUGGGGAAAUACAACUUCACGGAAGCAGAUGGCCGGACCCAACCCAGACUCGCAGGUCAGGCGGAUGGGCGAGGUGCAGCAGAGAUAAGAGGUACCGCCGGAGGCAAAGAGUACAAGUACUAGUACCCUUUGUCCGGACCAACUUCGUCCGCUCCUCCGCCCUCCUCAUCCCAUCGUGCGCUUCGCCUUCUUCUCCGUCUCGAUCAGCAUCCACUUUCGGCUCCUCUGCUCCACAAUGGACGAGAUCAAGGAUUACAAUGGCCAGCCUGUCCUAGCCGUAGAUGGCGGACAAGACAAAGCAAUGGUCUCCAGUGCUUCCCUCGAGAAGAUUCCCAAGCACGAGGUAGGAGAGGGAGAGCCAAAAGAGGAAGAGCUUCACCGAACUCUCACCGAGGGACAAGUUGGUAUGAUUGCCAUUGGUGGUGCCAUUGGUACCGGUCUCAUUCUCGGAACGGGUUCAGGCUUGGUCCAAGCUGGCCCUGCUGGUCUGCUCAUUGCCUACAUCAUCAUGGGCUUCGUCUGCUUCGGAACCCUGUCGGCCAUGGGUGAGCUGAGUUGCUACAUGCCCCACAAGCGAGGAUUUGCUGGACAUGCUUCCCAAUUCGUAGAGGAAGGCUUUGGUUUCGCCGUUGGUGUCAACUAUUUGCUCAAGUAUCUCGUCGUCACUCCUGCCCAGCUCAACGCCAGUGCACUCAUCAUCUCUUACUGGCGCCCGGACAUCAACGGAGGCGUCUGGAUCACCGUCUUCGGUGCCGCCAUCGUCUCCCUCAACAUCGUCGGUGGAGUUCGCUUCUUCGGACAUGUCGAGUUCUGGCUUAGCUUCCUCAAGAUCAUCGUUCUGGUCGCCCUGAUCAUUCUGAUGGUCGUCAUCAACACCGGAGGUACACCUCAGGGUGAUUACAUUGGUUUCACAAAUUGGGGUGGCGGUCUUGCCUUCCAAGAGUACAUUAAGACCGGAUCUCUCGGGCGAUUCCUGGGCACCUGGUCUGCCUUUGUGUCUGCACUCUACGCCUACAUGGGAUCUGAGCUGAUCGGUGUCACCGUCGGAGAGUGCAAGAACCCCCGAAAGGCCAUUCCCCGAGCUAUCAGAUCGACCUUCCUCCGAAUCGCCAUCUUCUACGUCGGUCUGUGCUUCCUUGUCGGCCUCAAUGUGCCAUCGGACAGCCCUCUUCUCCUGGGAUCGACCAAGAGCAGUGUCAAGGGAACAGCCUCCGCCUCACCCUUCGUCGUUGCGAUCAGGAUUGCCGAGAUCAAAGUCCUCCCUGGCUUCCUCAAUGCCUGUCUUCUGAUCUUCACCUUCUCGGCAGCCAACUCUGACUUGUACAUCGCCUCGCGUACCCUCUACGGUCUGGCCAAGAGCAAGCAGGCGCCCAAGAUCUUCCUCACUUGCAACAAGAAGGGCACGCCGUGGGUGGCCCUCGCCUUCUGCUCCCUGUUCAUCUCCAUUGCCUACAUCAACGUCCGAAGCAGUGGAGCUGCCGCCUUUACAUAUCUGCAGAACUCCGUCACCAUCUUCGGUUCGAUUACUUGGCUGGGUAUUCAGAUCACUCACCAGCGUUUCCUUGCCGGUCUCAAGGCUCAGGGCAUUGACCGAAAGGAUCUCGCGUACAGGUCUCCCUACCAGCCUUACUACGGUUGGUUCUGCAUGUUCGUCACCAGCUUGGUCAUGAUCUUCAAGGGAUUCAGCGCCUUUACUCCCAAGUUCAACAUCAACUCCUUUGUCACCAACUACAUUGGAAUCCCCAUUUUCAUCCUCCUCUGGUUCGGAUGGAAGAUUGUCAACAAGACGCCCUUUCACAGGGCUUCCGAGAUGGACCUGUUCACUGGUGCUCGAGAGCUGGUGGAUGUAGAGGAUGAAUUGGACGAAGAGUCCUUCUUGAGCAAGAGACUCGGCGUGGUCAAGAACAUGGUCAAGAGGAAGCCCGAGGGACAGGCCGUCUAAGAGAACGCUCUCGCCCCUUACGCGUGGCAUGCCUGCCUGCUGUCCCGCCUCGUAUCGAUUCGACUCGACUCGCCUUUAUGCAUUGCAAAGAACGAACAAAAAGGAUCAGAAAGACCUCGCUUGGCCCAGCCUGACCCACGAAUGUAGCUACUUAGACGAUCAUCGAGGAUUCCUCCAUUUCUCGUAAGCCCCGACGUCGAUCCCUUGCCCUCCCCCUCCCCCCCCACUCCUGCACCAGUGCUCGUAUUGUCACUCGUCGCCUUUACCGUCGUCCGUCAUGUAUGCCAAGUCUCUUGUAGUCAUCGUCCUUUUUUUUUUUUUU